CUGCUGCAUUUUGAGAACAACAAGCUAUAUUUUCACAAGGUCUGUCACAUCAACUAUACUACCUAUGACAUGUGGCAUGUUCAGGAUUCAAUCAACCCUCACACACAUGCAGACAUCAUGUUAUUGGUGCAUGAAGAUGAUGACAAUAAUGAAGCAGGGAAGCAUCCAUAUUGGUAUGCCUGUAUUAUCAAUGUCUUCCAUGUCAAUGCCAGGUAUAAGAGCAAGACAAGACUGAUGCAUUUCUUGUGGGUCCGCUGGCUUGAGUGA